AGUCCCAAUUGUCUAACAGUAUAAAGCCUAGCCUCACCGCACCUCUCCUCUAUCGCCAUUUAUAUCCACUGAACUCUACCUGAACGAAUCUGAAACGAUGCCGUACUAUCACGAGGAAGACGAUGUCCACGACUUUGACGAAUACGAUCCCACUCCGUACGGUGGAGGUUACGACAUCCAUCUGACGUACGGGCGCCCGUUGCCGCCGUCCGAUGAGACUUGCCACCAAUUAGCGUCCGAUGGAGACUUCGACUACGCUCGUCCCGAGUUCUCUUCUUACGCCGAGCCUUCGGCCUACGCUGACGAGGCUCUCAACACUGAGUACAGCUCCUAUGGCCGUGUCAAGCCUCGACCAGGAUCUGGACCUCGACCCGCUUUUGGGGAUGAGGGAGGUUAUGGGGGGCGGCCUCAGCAGCCUAGACCCGAAUUUGGAUCUGGGUAUGGCCGGAGACCGGAGUAUGAACAACCCGCAUCCGAGUAUGGAUCUGGGUAUGGCGGGACUGAUUAUCCACCACCUGGAACACAAUAUGGAGGAAGGCCUGAUUCGGAAUACGGAUCCGGAUAUGGUCGUAAACCGGAGUACGAGUCAGAGUAUGGCCGGAAACCAGAAUACGAAUCUGGAUAUGGCCGUAAACCCGAGUACGAGUCAGAGUAUGGCCGAAAACCGGAAUACGAAUCUGGCUAUGGUAGGAAACCUGAGUAUGAGUCAGAGUACGGAAGAAAGCCGGAAUACGAAUCUGGUUAUGGCCGGAAGCCCGAGUACGAGUCAGAGUAUGGCCGAAAACCGGAAUACGAAUCUGGGUAUGGUAGGAAACCUGAGUAUGAGUCAGAGUACGGAAGAAAGGCGGAAACUGAAUCCGGACACGGCCGGAAACCCGGAUCUGAAUAUGGGUAUGACCGAAAACCUGAUUACGAGUCCGGGUAUGGUGGGCAAUCGGAGUAUGGAUCUGGGUAUGAGAGAAAACAAGAAUAUGGGUCCGGCCAUGGCGGAAGCAAUGAGCCCGAAUAUGGUGGAGGGUCAACUUAUGGCUCAGGAUUUGAGAGGAAGCCGAGCUAUGAGAGAUCAGAGGAAGAUGAAGGGUACAGGAAGCCCAGUUAUGGGUACGAGGGGCGUCGUCAAGAUGAUGAUGAUGAAUAUGGCGGUGGCUACCGCAAGAAGAAAGAUGAUGACAGUGAUGAUGAUGAGAAGAAGCAUCGCCACCACCACCACCACCACCAUGGGCGCCAUGAUGAUGAGUGAUCAAAAUGUUGGUUGCCUUGUGAAUGGGAUUCAUGCCAUCGUUUGCUACUAAAUAAAAGGGUCGAGGCAUGUCUGCCCUGUGUGGUUCUUCUAGACCCUGCAGACGAAUUUCCAUAUAAACUAUGUGCUUGUGUGUGUGCUGUGCGCAGCCUGUGUUCAUAUGUACUGCCAGUGUUUGUGCUUCUUAAUAAAAUCCGAAAACUUUUGUGUUGGUUUGUCUUAA